CUUCUCAAGAAAGAGCUCAUUAAUGCUCAGCUCCAGAUUAAACUCUUACGUGAUGUCCACAGCAAGAUUGUGAAGCGCCAGCGCAAAUACCACCUGAUGGAGCAGCUCAAGGGAAUCAAAAAGGAGCUCAGUAUGGAGUCAGGCGGGAAGGACAAGCUCAUUGAGAAAUUCAAGGAGCAUGCCGCCUUGUUGAAGAUGCCAGAGGGUGUGCAUAUUUUACCAUGCUUACCUGUUUCCUACUUGACACCUGCGUUGCAGAUACCAUGGGGCCAGCACACUCCCGACAACUACUCCAUCACACAAGCUCAGAAAGUCCUCGAUGAAGACCAUCAUAGCCUCAAAGAUGUUAAAGACCGUAUACUGGAAUUUCUUCCUUUUUUUAUCAGUUACGACUGGCGAGAUAUUGCUUCUAGUUGCACUGCUGGAUGUCUUCACUAG